GAAUGUUGUAAAAGUAUUUUUAAGUUGAAAAUGAACCGGCCGUUAAAGUGAAAACAAAGUAUUUAUUCGCGCGCUUGUGGGUUGGGUUUACUUGUUUGAAAUUUGGGCGCCUUCUCGUUCUGGCCAAUGAUCGCUCCGCACGCUCAUGACUAUCACCCAAUCGCCGGAGAGUAGUCAGUUCUCGAAGGUAUAAAGUGCCACAUCUAACAUAGAAAACCUACACACUUUUUGUGAGUAGCUGUACAAUAUGGCAAGAACCAAGCAGACCGCUCGUAAAUCCACCGGAGGCAAAGCCCCGAGAAAGCAGCUCGCCACCAAGGCUGCCCGCAAAAGCGCCCCAGCCACCGGUGGCGUGAAGAAGCCCCAUCGUUACAGGCCCGGUACCGUGGCUCUGAGAGAGAUCCGUCGUUACCAGAAGUCCACUGAGCUGCUGAUCCGCAAGCUGCCCUUCCAGCGUCUGGUCAGAGAAAUCGCUCAGGACUUCAAGACCGACCUGCGCUUCCAGAGCUCUGCCGUCAUGGCUCUUCAGGAGGCCAGCGAGGCUUACCUGGUCGGUCUGUUCGAGGACACCAACCUGUGCGCCAUCCACGCCAAGAGGGUCACCAUCAUGCCCAAGGACAUCCAGCUGGCUCGUCGCAUCCGUGGGGAGCGUGCUUAAGUUAAUCUCUCCCUCUAGAAAUCAAAAGGC